UAACCAUAUGUCCUUGAGUUGCGAUUUUGCUAGUAUAGUUAAUUUAAAAGUGAAAUUCAUACUUUGAUUUUCAAAACAUAGAUAAAAAGUGAUAUUUGCUAAUUGUUAUACCCUAACCAUAUAUCCUAUACUUUACACCACAUACCUUGUACCCUAACCACGUACCAUAAACAUAAAUUAAAAAGGGAUCUCCUGCCGUUAAAGACUUCAAAUGAUUUCAAGUGAACAUAUGUUAAUAAAAAACUUAGAACCGUCAAAACCAUCAAUAUCUUAUACCCUAACCAUAUACACCCUAAACCAUAUGUACCUUAUACCUUAUACCCUAACCAUGUAUUUAUAUCCUAAACAACGAACCGUCAAAGAUUACUUAUCAAGUUUAGUAUAAAUUGUUGUAACUAAUGGUUAAUUUAUUUAUUAGCCCAUAAAAUAUUACAUACAUAUAUACAUAUUAGCCUUCAAAGCAUAUAAGAAUAAUUUUAACUAGUCAUGCCCUCCAUAUAAAAGUUAAAGAUUCAUAUUUCAAAAGCUAAAAUUAUGAAAACACCAAAUUUGUUUCUUUCUUUCUUUUCACAAAAAUACUAAAAUUUCCCUCAUUCUUUCUUCUUCCAUACAUUAGAAAAACUCAAUUUUCACUCCUCUUUUUCUUCCAUAAAAUUGAAAGAACCAAAUUACUCUCUUCUUUCCUUCUACAAAAAGUUGAAAAGUCAAAAGUGUCCCUCCUUAUUUCUCUUUCAUAAUCAAAAGAAUCAAACUUUCUCACUUCUUUCUCUUCCCACAUAUCAAAACCACCAAAAUUCCCACUUGUUUCUUUUCUAAAAAAUUCAAAGAACCAAAUUUCCCUCUUCUUUCUCUUCCCAAAAACUUGAAUACACCAAAAUUUCCCUCUUCUUUUAAAAAAAUCAAAUUACCAAAUACAUUACUUUACUUUAUUUAUAUUUAAUUGAUAAUUUUAUUGAAUAGUUAAAUUAACCAAAAUUUUAAUUUAUAUAUUAUAUUAAUAUUGUCAUGAUCUCAAGUGACCUUCAUGUUUCAAUUUUUGUAAUUUUCUUAAAAUACGUAAUAUCAAGUGAGUUUCAUAUUUUUAAAAUUUCUUAUACGAAAUGAAAAAUAAUUUUACUUAAGUUUAGAAUGAAAAACUUUAUUUUGAAAAACUAUGUAUUGUAUAUUUUUAUAAUUAUUCAAGUGGAUUAGAUGAAAUUCGGGUUGAGUCGGUCGGGUUACGGGUUAGUCGGGUUUGGGUCAAUCGGGUUCGGGUUAAUCAGGUUGCGGGUCAAUCGGGUUCGGGUUAAUCAGGUUGCGAGUUAGUCGGGUUACGGGUUAGUUGGGUUGCGGGUCAAUCGGGUUGCGGGUCGGGCGGGUUACGGGUUGUUGACUUUCAAUUCGGAUUGCGGUCGGGUUGCGGGUCGGGUUGAUCGGGCGGGUUAAUCGGGUCGGGCUAUGUUUUGACACCUAUAAUGACAACCAUGGCAAAUAAUCGCAACAUGGUUGGAACAACGAUGUUGUCAGGUUGCACUAUGAAUCCACAUUGUUGCAUCAUGGCUUGCACAACUACAUGGUUGGAGUCAUAACAUUGCAGCUGAGCCAAAGAUGUUAUUAGGACCAUAAUUUUUGCUUGUACCAUCCUCAUAGAACUUCAUUCCACGACAAUGUUUCUUAAACCGUAAAGUUGUUUAUAUCACGAUAAUAUUGUUGCAGCUACGUUGUUGCUAGGAUUGUGAUGUUUUUUCAAGAAAAAUAUUGUUAUUGCACCAUGUUGCAAGAUGAACCACUAACCACCAAGCCGCAAUACGGACCUACAACACUGCAGUUUCAUGAGUUAAUUGUGCAAGAUCACAACGAUGUCGUUCAGGAAAUCUCAAUAUUUUAUCUGUACGAUGUUGUUGGACUCGCAAUGUCGUUAACUACCAUGAUGUCGGUUGACGUGCGACGUCGUUGUAUUAAUGAUGUCGUUGACCACCACAGUGUUGCAACAACGUCGUUGCUUGUGACCUUGAGUACGAGCCAAGCUGGGCUAAACUAAAUGGCCUCAUUCCCAUGUAUAUGCUAGCCAUUAUGACCAUGUCGCAGCAUUGGUGAACCUGUGGCAUUGUUCUCGACUAAACAACAUUAUUUCUCAGUAUUGCAGCGAUGUUGAUAAAAACAUCUCCAUUGGCACAAAUAGAGGGAGUUGCAAGCUAAUGUGGCAGCCGUGUGCAAUUUAAAAAGACAAUGACAUUGAUAUAAGCCCACUUUCAAAUGAUGUGAGAAGAAGAUAAGGUAAGUGUAGCUUUUUCUUAGUUAUUUAUCUAUCAGUUUUCUCUUCUAGUUUUUUUCUUAGUAAAUGACGUGGAGGAACUCAUGGGUCGGAAAGCCAGUUUUGGUAGGCCUUAGGCCUAUGAUAAAACAAGCCCCUUUGUCGGACUGACUUUAGGUUAGAAAGUCAGGGUUAUGACUACCUUUCACUCACUCACCCCCAAAUGCUGGGCAUUGACGGGGGAAAAAUGUUUGACCGUCAAAUAUUAAAAGUUAAUUUAAGAUAUGCGACAAAUUUGUCUGUUUCUUUCAACGUUUGGUCAAAACUGUAUUAUUUGAUAAUACAAGUUCUGAUACCAGUUUGGCCCGAAGUUUGGCGUAAGUGGCAGUUCUGACCCCAUUUUUCAAAUAAGACAUUUAUGGCCUACUUUUGAAACUAUUGGACAGAUUUGCCCCAAAUUUUUUGUUGACCGUUAAAACUGAUAGUCAAACAUUAUUCUGUCUAUGACCUAGCAUCAAUUGUUGAGGUGGCUUCCAUGUGGAUGCCACAUCAUGCAUGCCACAUCAUUAAAUAAAUUGUUAUUUAAUUUUUCUUUUUAAAUUAAUCAAUUCAUCACAAAAAUAAAAUAAAGUAAUGAAAAGGGUACCAUCGUCCUUGCCUCUCUCUUUGCAAUUUCCGCACCCACAGCUCCAUCGUCUCCAUACGCUUCGUCGACUUCGCAUCGGAUAUGCCACCUCUUUAUCCCCACAAAACACAAUUCGUUCAUACAACAGAGUAACCUUCUCAACGGAGAUGAAAUUCGACAACGCUCGUGUUCUUCCCCUUCACCUGCCUAGAAACAAAUCAAAACUUUCGGCUUUCGUAGCACAUACAACCAACAAAGCUCAAUUGAAUCCAUAAUCCAUUUUCACUGACCCUCUUCGUCGAUUUCAACCUUCUUCGUCAUCGACUAGGCUAUAAUAGAGAAGGCCUAGGAGAGGGGACGUGUGGCCGUCAAUUUCAACCCUUUUCGCCGUCAGCUAGGUUAGAACAAAGGAGGAGCUUCAGUUCGCGGAGGAGGCAGGGGAAGCGUUGCCAUCGAUUUCGCCGUGCUCGUCUUUGGUGGGGGUGUGUAGUGGGAGGUGGUUGGGUCGAAGGCAGAGGCAACGUGGGAGGGGAAGGGGAAGGGUGAGAUUGCGGCGGAGGUAGGGAAAGAUGCAAAGGUGAAGCAUGGGGAAGAAGAACCGAGGGGGUUUUUGGGAGGAGCUGGAGAUGGCAAUCAUCGCCAUGCAUGGUCCCGGGCAUAGCUGGAGAAUGUUGAUUAUCGUCGGGCCGUAGGAUUUUGGAGGAAACGACGGUCAGAGCGGGUGGGGGAUUUGCGAGGGUUUAGAGAAGGUAGAGAAAGAGGGCUCAAGAUAGGGUGUAUAACCCAUCAAUAAUCAAAUUUGGACCCUUCAUUUAAAAAAUUCAGAUUUAAGGAUGGAGAAUUAAAGAUUAUUUUUAUUUUCUCUAGUUUUCUUAAUCGGCUCAUAUCUUUUUCGUUUUAACUCGGAUUUUAAUUUUUUUGCCCAGGUGGAACGAGUUCAUCGUGCUCUACAAAAUGAGAUCAAUUUUCAAUAUUUUUUUAGAACAAAAAAUUCUGGUCUCUCGGCACCACCUGCAUACCAUAUGGUAUUUUCUUCAUUUUUAAUUCGUUUUUGAAAACGUUUGCACAGAAGGGACGAGUUCAUCAUGAUAUAUUGGAUCUACAAAUUUCUGGGUGAACAAAUUACAGGACAAAAAAAUACCACACAAUACCAUACAAUACCACCCUAGUACGGGGUGGUAUUGUAUGGUAUCUUCUUCGUUUUUAAUUCGUUUUUGAAAACGUUUGCAUAGGAGGGACGAGUUCAUCAUGAUCUAUUGGAUCUACAAAUUUAUGGGUGAACAAAUUACAAGACCAAAAAAUAUCACACAAUAUCAUACAAUACCACCCUGGUACGGGGUGGUAUCUUGUGGUAUACAAUGUUAAAAGUUGUAAAUGACAAUUAAUAUAUUUCUACUAUCAUGUAUUCAACCAUCCUACAGUCUUGGUUUGUUCAUACCACCAUGGUACUUUUUUCAAACCAUAGGUAUGCUUUUAUUUCAAUACUAGUCAAUACCAUAUGGUAUAGACUGGUAAAAAAUGACUCAAUUUUUUUUUGUUCGAAAAAUAUAUUAAAGUGGAUAUCAUUUUGAAGAGCACAAUUAAUCUGAUCUAACUGUACAAACAAAAUUAAAUUUCGACUUAAAAUGAGUGAGAAAUCGUCCGUCAAAGAUUAAAGAGGGGAAAAUUAAAGGCUUUCCAGGAGAGAGAGGAUGUUGAUGUCAUGCUAAUGUGGACGGGUUACUCAUGGUUACUCACCACAAGGUUACUCACCAGAUCUGCUCCCGAGAAAGAGAAGCAGGAAAGAGUGGCGGAUUCGGGGUUAGUUAUAAUUUUUUUAAUUCAAUUCUAAAAUUAAAAUGAUAUUAUCUAAUGAUGUGACAUGCCACAUCAGCAGUUCUGAGUCACUAACGGAAUAACGUUUGACCGUCAAUAUUAACGGUCAAAGAAAUUUUUCUGCCAAAUUUGUCAAAUAGUUUCAAAAGUAGACCAUAAAUGUCUUAUUUGAAAAAUAAGGCCAGAACUGUCACUUACGCCAAACUUCGGGCCAAACUAGGAUACUAACCCUAAAAAAAUAUUUCACGAUACUGUCUAAAUACUUUUCACAAAACAUGGGACAAAUUAGUGAGAGGGACUAUCCUCUUUAAGUUAAGCAUUCUUUGAUAAGUCGUGGAGUUCAUUGAUAAUUUUGCUACAAAAAUUGUGUCUUUUGAUCCUUAAAUUUUUAGAGGGUUUAUGAAAAUAAUGUUAAUCUUGAAAG